AUGAGGCCUCUACGCGCCGUCGCUCUGCUCCUCCUCGCGGCGGCAGCAGCCGCGGCCACCGCGACGCCGUGGGCGGGGAGCGGCCAGGAGCCCGGCUCCAUCAGCAAAGACGACUUCCCUGGGGACUUCAGCUUCGGGGCUAGCACAUCAGCUUAUCAGUGGGAAGGCGCGGCGGCGGAGGACGGCCGGACUCCCAGCGUCUGGGACACCUUCGCUCACGCUCACGCCCACGCCGAUACAGGUGAUGACUCUGUAAAUGGUGAUGUGGCAGCUGACGGCUACCAUAAGUACAAGGAGGAUAUCAAAUUAAUGAAGGAGACCGGACUGGAUUCUUAUAGAUUCUCUAUCUCUUGGUCAAGGCUUAUUCCUAAAGGAAGAGGAGAAGUCAAUCCAAAAGGAGUAGGAUACUACAAUAAUCUCAUCAAUGAACUUCUUGAUCAUGGAAUUCAACCACAUGCAACGAUUUUCCAGUAUGAUCUUCCUCAAAUCCUUGAAGAUGAAUAUGGUGGAUGGUUGAAUCCCCAAAUAAUUGAUGAUUUCACAGCAUACGCAGAUGUGUGCUUUAGGGAAUUUGGGGAUAGGGUUACCAAUUGGACCACUCUAAAUGAACCUAACGCUUUAGUUUCGGUUGGCUAUGAUGCUGGUAUUGGGCCACCAGGGAGAUGUUCUAAACCAUUUGGAUUUGCUGACUGUUCCUGUGGGGACUCUGUAAACGAGCCAUACGUUGUAGCUCAUAAUUGCUUAUUGGCUCAUAGCUCAGCUGUGUCACUAUACAGAAGAAAGUAUCAGACAAAGCAACACGGACUUAUUGGCAUGAAUAUAUGUAUAAAUAACAUAUUACCUUAUACAAAUUCAACCGAAGAUAUAGCUGCAGCGAAAAGAGCACAAGCCUUCUACACAGGCUGGUUCUUGGAUCCUCUCUAUUAUGGAGACUACCCACUUGUGAUGAAGGAGAAUACUGGCUCCAAGUUGCCAAAAUUUUCUCGAAGCCAGUCUAAACAACUAAUCAAUUCUAUGGACUUUCUUGGCAUCAAUUACUACACAUUUUUGUACGUGAAGGAUGACCCGCAUCAUGCUCCUAGCAACAAAAGGAAUUUCAGGGCUGAUAUGGCUGCUAAAUCAAUAUUUUCAAGCAAUUCUACCAGUGGGUUCUAUGUGCCAGGUUAUGGUAUACACCAAGUGCUUGAAUAUUUGAAGCAAUUUUAUGGUAAUCCUCCAAUCUAUAUCCAUGAGAAUGGAUAUCCAAUGCAUCAAGAUGUGGUAUUUGAUGAUGGCCCUAGGGUGGAAUUCUUGAGUGAACAUCUUAAAAACCUUCUUAUUGCUGUCAGGAACGGUUCGAAUACUAGGGGCUACUUUGCCUGGUCGCUGAUGGAUUUAUAUGAACUACUUAGUGUCGGGGACACGUAUGGGCUGUAUUACGUGGAUUUCGCUGAUGAGGAUCUCAAGAGAUACCCAAGGAGCUCUGCGAUUUGGUACAAGGAUUUUCUCAAGGAGAGGCGCACGGAGAGAUUCUCCGACCAUUAG